CUGUUAGUCUAGAAGGCACAGCCCAUCAGCUGGAGUGUUAAUCUCUCUCAUCUACCCGAUCCCAUCAUCAUGAAGGUUGCUUACAUCUUCCUGCUCUGCAUCCUGGGAGCCACCCUGCUGUCCCCAGUCCUCUGCAACCAUUCAAAAGAACCUGAUGAGUGCUGCUUUGAAUUCUUCUCCAAUCCGAUAAGAAGAAAUCUUAUCUCUUCGUAUUACGAGACCGAUUCCCGCUGCUCAAAAAAAGCAGUUGUUUUAAUAACUAAAAGGUACCGCCACAUCUGUGUGGAGCCAGGUAAAGACUGGGUGGAGAAGAUCGUCAAGUUUCUGCAGAGAAAAUCCCUUUAAGGAGCUGCAUCCUGUCCUGUUCUAUCGGAUCAUUUGGCAGAGACGCCUUCAUGUUGGUAUCAGCGCUUUUCUGCUUCAAGUAAUCAAAGAUUUUUUUUCCAGUAUGCAAACAUUUUUAGAUUUCCUGUGUAUUUUUUAAAAGCUUGAUUGUAACUAGGAGAUUGCUUUCCUUUUUUUGCUUUUUCUAUUUCAUUCUCCUGAUUUCUCUUAAUUCUCUAACACUAU